UACACCAUUGUUAAGAGCUGAUUUCCAAAAUGGCUUCCAUUCAGACAUUGUCGUGCAUUUUAACUCUUUUUCUUGCUUAUUCGCUUGCCAAUAAGGUAGAGGAUGAGGAAUCCUGCAGGACAUAUGCUGGUGGACAAGUUUAUCCUGAAAGAUCGAAAACACCGGAACAUGCAAUGCACUGGAGCAAAGCUAGAAUAUCUAAGCCAGCACCAGUUUGGGAAGGAAAUGCUGUUGUCAAUGGUGAAUUCAAAGAACUGAAGCUAUCUGACUUUCUAGGAAAAUAUCUUGUUUUCUUUUUUUAUCCUCUUGAUUUCACCUUUGUAUGUCCAACCGAAAUCAUUGCCUUCAGCGACCGUAUCGAAGAGUUCCGUGCUAUAAACACAGAAGUAGUUGCUUGUUCAGUUGAUUCAGUCUUCACACAUCUAGCAUGGAUAAACACACCUCGUAAAGAAGGAGGACUUGGCAAACUGAAGUAUCCUUUGUUGUCAGAUCUCAAUCAACAAAUCUCAAAGGAUUAUGGCGUCCUGUUAGAGAACGAAGGACACACGUUAAGAGGUCUGUUUAUCAUUGAUGAUAAAGGUAUUCUACGGCAGAUAACCAUGAAUGAUUUACCGGUUGGUCGAUCUGUAGAUGAAACCCUUCGCCUUGUCCAGGCAUUCCAAUACACAGACAAGCAUGGCGAAGUUUGUCCUGCUGGCUGGAAACCUGGAAAAGAUACCAUUAUACCAGACCCUAAAGAAAAGGUCAAGUACUUCAAGAAACAGCCAGAACAAAAAGGAGAAUUAUAAAUCACCAGGAAAAUAUUAUCAACUCACUUUCCUUCCACCAGUUUUCACAAGUCUCCAACAGUAUCAGUGAACAUGUUUGAUUUUGUAAUAAAGUAAAGAUAUUUUGUAGGAAUUUUACUGCUCAAAUAUUUAAUAAGGUUUUUGUUGGUUUUAACAAGAUUGUUUCAUCACCAAUAUUGUACUUUAUUUUAAAAAUCUUUCUUUACAAUAAAUUAUAAUAAAAUAACAUCAAAACUCGCAUAAAAAUGUAUCCCUUUUAUUUACAUGCACUUAUACCUACAAUAAUAGUUUUAUCUAUUCUGAUACACAAGAAUUCUUAGAGUAACCACAAAUAUACUACAAAUAAUGCCAAACAAUGUCCAAUGCAAAUAUUUCAAAGUAUUAACCAAUAAAUAGUGCUAAGGGUUGCAUACUGAAUGGUUUUGCAAUCUAAUGCACCUUUUAGAAGGUGUUUUUAUCUUUAGUUUCCCUUAUACCCCUUGACUUAUUUGUUUAUUCUUUAGAGUGCCUUCACUAUAGUAGCUGUAAAUAAAUA